AUGGCUCGCCUCUCUCGAUCUGGGUUACACGCCCACGAGGUCGUCGAGGACCACACAGCCACUGCUCCUAAUCAACAUGCUGCAAUUGACGCAAACGUCUCCUUCGGCGAUAAAACGUUGACUAUUCUCCAAAACCACAACACUAACAUUGAUCAAAGCUCCCCCGACUUCAUCGACUCACUCACCAACAAACUCAAGGAUCUUCAUAUAUAUAGCCCCAAGGAGAACCGCGGCGACAGAUCGUUACUGGCUGCCCACCAGCGCCCAACGCGAUCGUCCAUCGUUCAUGAGACCUUACCAAUUAUCGAUCCCGUGGGGAAAGAAACUGGAAACUGCGACAAUCCGACAGCUGAGACCACUCACGCGCAAGGGCCAUUCCCUGCUGAGCCGCCUCGACUAAGCAAGCAGAACGAGGGUAUCCCCUCAUUGGCUGAAACGCACGCAUCGUCGGUGGCUGCCACUCACCAGACGCCAGAUACAUUUGAAGCCAGCUUCCCCUCCAAAGUCCUUCGCGCAUCCAACCUUGACCAUCACCCUCUGGGUACCGACCCCGACAUUCAGUCGUCCAUUGCAAAACACCAAGCAGGUCAGUAUGACUAUGUACUAUCGCUUCUUAGCCCACUGAGCACAACUUCUUGCGAGCACUCACCCAUUGAUCAGCGCGAAUCGACGCUGAAGUAUGGCUGCAACGUUCUGCUGCAAAGCGAAUGCCCUAGGAAGUCUGUAUGCUGUCAGGGCAAACCGGCUAAUACCUACAAAAUUCUAGCCACACCUUUAGGGGAUGAAGACGUCGUUUUACAAGACACGCCGCAGCAAAUACUUGUGAAAGGAGACGAAGAAAUCAUGGCCGUUGCCGAGCCUAUUGCUAGGUUCAUCUCUCCAACGUCAGCUGGUGAUGAAACUAUGCCGAACAAGUUCAGCCAGUCAGGUGUCACAUUCGCCGUUGUUGAGCAAUCCCAACCAGAACCGCAGGACGCUCUGGCUGCUGUCGUUGAACAUUCUAAGGACAGUGCCAUUUCCUUCUCCAACGAAGAUGUCAGCGUUGAAACUCCACGUACACCCUCACGAUCAACCUCAGCUAGUUCACGAUCACGCAUCGAAGACUCGGUAGAAGCUCUCGAUAGACUCGAAGAACAAUUAGAGGCGAUAGACGCGGCCAUAACACCGCCCAGCAAGUCCCGUCGGCUCCAAGCGGCUAUGGAUGAGUCAACAACGACAAAAGCCGGUGGCCUUCAUCGUACAAGCUCUCUGCUGAAGCGCGGACAAACAGACAGAGCUACCCCUACAACUCCCCAGGCACGCAGAGCACUGAAGAAGUCGGUUUCAGUUACUACCACAAACCAAGAUGAGAGCUCUCCGGCGAAAUCGGCCACUAAGCGAUCCUCCGUGUCGCGGCCAACUAGCCUUCUGCCACCCAAACCACCAGCAAGAUCCACAAAGCCACCCACGAAGCCUUCCUUUGAACUUCCAGGGGAAGCGGUUGCCAGACGUAUCAAGGAGCAGCGCGAAACUCGUUUGGCGCAGCAAGCUCAAGAAAAGGCUGCUGCCGCUGCAGUACCGCAGAGAACUAGAUCAACCAGGGCACCGACGCGACCCAACUUUGAGCUUCCUGGAGAAGCAAUUUCGAGACGUAAGAGAGCGGAGCGGGAGGCUAAACUCAAAGCGCAAGAAGAGGAAGAGCGGAAGCGUCGUGAGUUCAAGGCACGCCCUAUCAGGGCCAACCUCACGUCCGCUUCGUACCCUCGAGAAACCGCCACUAGUCGUGCUCGUCAAAGCAAGGGUCCGGAGCUCAAUGAGAUUGGUCAGGUUGGGCAUGGCGGCCCCAAGCGUUCCUCUAUUGUGGGCGCCCCGCGUGCACCACUCACCAAGUCCGGGUCAACUCGAUCUCCACAAGUCAGAGGCAGAGGUAUCUCACAGACUUCUUCUGCCUCUCCGCAACUCAACCGUGCUGCGUCAAUAUCCGCCAGUAGCGUGAGCAGUAAGCGCAGUACCCUGUCUGCUGAGGAUGUAGAACAACAGAAAGUCAAGGGCAGGGCAGUCUUCGAGCGAGACAAUUCCUAUAUUGAGGACAAGGAGCGCGAGCGUCGUGAACGCGAGUUCAACACCAAACUUGCUCGUGAGCAGGCCGCUGAACGCUCUAGACAAGCCAGUCGAGAAUGGGCAGAGAAGCAACGACGCAAGCAGCUCGUUGUAGCUAACGCUGUAGCGGCUUAA